CUACCGCAAAAAAUAAAACAAAAAGGACAUUUCCAUUUUCCGCUUCUUCCUUUGCUUGUUAAUGUUUGGUUCAUGGUUGUUCCUUUAAUUUUUUAUGAAUUAUGAUGAAUGUUAUGUUAAAUCUGACAUCGGUUAAGUUUAAUUUUAUUAAUUGAUAGUUAAUAGUUUAAAUUUCAUAAUUUAAAACUCAUUAUUAAUUUGUGUGCAACAUCAUGAAUAACUCUGCAGCAAAGGUCGGGGAGAUCUUUCGUGAAGCAGGCAGUGCCUUCAAUAAGUUGUCGGAAAUGACGAUGCUGUUACAUCCAGUCGGAGAUUCACAACCAGGUGGCAAAUGGACGGAAGAAGAAAUUGAGAUGCUACGGUCUUGCGUCCACCGUUUUGCCGUCGAUCUCAAUAAGCUCAGCCAGCACAUCAAGAGCAGAACAGUAUCUCAAAUCCGCACAACACUAAAAAAGAAGGCUUUCGAGGACGCAGGUAUACCAGUACGUCAGGUUAGCAACUCAGUGAACAACGUACCACAAACAACACAGGUAGUGUCGUCCCUGAGCCUCCUUCGACCGAACAUAUUAGGAAAGAACGCCGAGGUGACACUGAACAUGUUAAACGCCCCUGAGAACGAAGUAGAUGUCGAGGGUCUAAAUAACGACGUCAAGCUGGAGUUCGAAGCGGGAAAUGAAGAAGUGGCCACCUGAAACCUGCUUUGCUUCACGAAGGAUCACCCUGGGGUGAUGGACUAACCAUGGCACUGUGUCUCUAUUUCUUUUCAGUUUGAAACAAAAGCAUUAGUUACUUCACGUAUGCAUCUUGCAGCUUGCAUAUUGGAAGUUCCAUCGUUAUGAUAUAUUACGAAUAUGUUUUUUAGUUAGAUUUAUUUUAUCGAUAUUGCACCGAUAUGAUUGUAAUUAGAAUCACAAUUACAUUGUUAAGCUCCAGUGCCCAUGGUUAGUAUUGUAUGUCGAGAUGGAUCGUUUAGAUUUUUUGUUUAUGUUUUAAUUUGCAAUUAUAAUUUACUGUCAUUAAAUUAGUUUUAUAUA